CUUUUGAUGAUUGGAUUAUUUGUUCGUUUCUGAAGGAGCAAACUUUGAAGGUAAUAAAAUAAAUUUGAAUGAAUUAAAUAACAAUUUGUGUAUUAUGGAUCUUUUCCUGGUACUUUCUUGACAGAAAGAAAGAAAGAAAUUGUUAAGUGAAAUAUACAGAGUAGUAUAUUUUUUAUUAAGGGUUUUGUUCGAACAGGCGUUCGUAGGGUUUUCGAAAUCACAGAACACUGUUCGACAUCGAUGAUCGAUAUCGCGUUGUAAACCCCGGUAAUGGGAUAGGUAACCAAAUUUUCUUUAGACGUUAUUAAGCAAGUGAAAGAAAAAAAAAAGAAAGAGACGAAAGAAAGAAAGACGCCUAUUCCACCCCACCCCACUCAACCCGAUACUUGUAUAUUGAUCAUGCCGUGCCAUUAGUAAGAAGUGAAUAAAACAGUACUAUCACAAAAUCUAUUUUUCUAGUAAAUACCUGGCACCGACGUCAAAAUUGUUGCUACAUACACCUAUUGUUUAGAUCUUAUUGAAUAUAAAACUUUAUGAUAUUAUUUCUCUCUUUUCAGUCGUUUCUCUUUAUUACAAUUUCUUAAAGGUUUAUUUUAUUUUAGUUAUUUUCUUAAUAAAAUAUAGAAAAAAAUCCCACGUAGUAUUUAUAGAUGUCUCAAAAUUUUCUAUUCGAAUUCAAGAUCAUCUUUGAAUUUGGUAUCAAGAGGUAUGUACGUCCGCCCACAAAUUAUUACUCACUUAGAGCUCGUUUCCACUUGUCGGCCUGCGAAACCGUAUUUUAAUCGGAUAUCGGCGCCUUUAUUCACACUUCGGUUAAUAAUAGGUUGUCGGCCACCACGGCCAAGCUCAUCAAUUUUAAGCACUCUACUCUACGAGAGGCGACUGUGCACGAUGGACGCCGACGAAGUUCUUGUUGUUGUGUAUUAUUUAAGAAGAAAACAAAAGAAGAGAGCGAAGGAAAGAAAAUAUUGGGUGCUUCCAAUCCUGAGAGAACGAUUUGGUUUGGGAACAUUUCAGAAUCUAAUAACAGAAUUGAGAAGGGACGAAAUCAAGUUUUUUAAUUAGAACGAACGGAAAAAGGGGUAGCGGGGGAGGGUAGUCGGCCCCGACACCCGACAAAUUUGAACAGCGCUAUUCUAACUUAAAGGCGAGCGAGAUCCGACACGAUUUUUUUCCAGGCGAUAAGCGCUGGCAAAACACACGACAUUUAUUGUCGGCGCCGACACAUAAUCGGUUUCCGACACGUGUGAAUAGCUUCAUAUAACAUGCUCUGCCACUAGAACCUCCGAUUAAUAUACGGAUCCGACACCCGACAAGUGGGAACCAGCUCUUAGGCGAUUCGUCGGUGAGCGUAUUUACGUGUGCGUGCGAUUUCGAACGGUUGUAGGCAGUUUCACCACUGUCAACUUAUAUUUAGACUGUGACAAUUGUCAUAUGGAUUUA